AUCCACAAAACCCUAGCGUUAUAUGAAGCUCCCCUACAAAAACCACACAUUCACUCGCAAGCUGCCUCCUCCAUCCAAAACCCUAACCCCUCCAAACCCAGAGCGCCGCCGAAGAAGCCAUGCCUCCAAAGUUCGACCCAUCUCAGGUGGUCGAUGUCUACGUCCGCGUCACCGGAGGCGAGGUCGGCGCCGCCAGUUCCCUCGCUCCCAAGAUCGGUCCUCUGGGUCUCUCCCCAAAGAAGAUCGGAGAAGACAUUGCUAAAGAGACAGCCAAGGACUGGAAGGGUCUGAGAGUCACCGUCAAGCUCACCGUUCAGAAUCGUCAGGCGAAGGUCUCUGUGGUGCCUUCAGCUGCGGCUCUGGUCAUCAAAGCCCUGAAGGAGCCAGAGAGAGAUCGCAAGAAGACGAAGAACAUCAAGCACAGCGGUAACAUUUCAUUGGAUGAUGUAAUUGAGAUUGCUAAGAUCAUGAAGCACAGGUCCAUGGCCAAGGAGUUGGCUGGGACGGUGAAGGAGAUUUUGGGCACUUGCGUUUCUGUUGGGUGUACUGUGGAUGGUAAAGACCCCAAGGAUCUGCAGCAGGAGAUUGCUGAUGGAGAUGUUGAGAUUCCCUUGGACUGAGCUAUCUCUGUUUUGGGUUUAUUCACAUAUUUAGUCAGUUUUUUUUCAAAUAGAAUGAUUUUCAUAUUUUUGGGUUUUGUUUUAUAAUUUCUCCCAGUUAUGGAUUGAUAAUGCAGCGAAUGUUUUUGAUCAAAAUGCGGAGAUGUAAUGCUUUUAGUGUUAAAUGUCUUUUUUUCCUCUGAUAAUUUCUGGACGUAAAAAGUUUAAUGCUUUAAUGUUGAAAUGCAUUGCUUUUAUGCAAUAGAGUAGUUGUGUGGUGGUGGUUGAUGUUCGUUGGUAUGUUGUGGGUUUCUGAUUUGGAAAUGUGGUAUAAUUGUGCUUAGAAAUGGGUGCUUUGAAGUGAAAA